AUGGCUGCGCUCGGCUGGGCGGUUCCGCUGCGCGCGGCCGUGGGGCUGCGCUGGCGGCCGGUGCGCGCGGCCGUGGGGCUCCGGGGCUAUCGCCCCGCCAGGGGCUACAGCGGGGGCCCCGCUCAGAGCCCGCCUACGUUUGGGUUCCUGUUGGACAUUGAUGGAGUGCUGGUGCGAGGCCACCGUGUGAUCCCUGCCGCUCUAGAAGCCUUCCACACGCUCUGCAACCCCCAGGGACAGUUGCGAGUGCCUGUGGUUUUUGUCACAAACGCUGGGAACAUCCUGCAACAUGGCAAAGCCCAGGAGCUGUCAGCCCUGCUGGGAUGCAAGGUGGAUCCAGACCAAGUCAUUCUCUCCCACAGCCCCAUGAAGCUCUUCACCCAGUACCACGACAAGCGGAUGCUGGUGUCUGGGCAGGGACCGCUGGUGGAAAAUGCCCGAGCACUGGGCUUCCGGAACGUGGUCACUGUAGAUGAGCUGCGGAUGGCCUUCCCCGUACUUGACAUGGUGGACCUUGAGCGGCGGCCAAAGACCACGCCCCUGCUGAGGAAUGACUUCCCAGCCAUUGAAGGGGUGCUUCUCCUUGGGGAGCCAGUGCGCUGGGAGACGAGCCUGCAGCUGAUCAUGGAUGUCCUCCUCAGCAACGGGAACCCUGGGACUGGCCUGGCCACGGCCCCCUACCCCCACCUCCCCGUCCUGGCCAGCAACAUGGACCUCCUCUGGAUGGCUGAAGCCAAGAUGCCUAGGUUUGGCCAUGGCACCUUCCUGCUGUGCCUGGAAGCCAUUUACCAGAAGGUGACUGGCAGAGAGCUGAGAUACGAGGGCCUGAUGGGCAAACCCAGCAUCCUCACCUACCAGUACGCGGAGGAGCUGAUCAGGCAGCAGGCGGAGCGGCGGGGCUGGGCUGCCCCCAUCCGGAAGCUCUAUGCUGUAGGUGACAACCCUAUGUCUGAUGUCUACGGUGCCAACCUGUUUCACCAGUACCUGCAGAGAGUGAAGCGUGGUGGGGCAGAGGCGCGAGGGGCCGGCAGCCUACAGAAGCAGCAGCCCUCAACCACCCAGAGCUGCACCUCCAUCCUAGUGUGCACCGGCGUGUACAGUCCGGGGGACGCAGCAUCCACAGGGCCGGGCCCGGGAGGUGGCGAGCCCCCUUUCCACGGGCACCGGGACUUCGGCUUCAGUCCUGGCCUGAUGGAGGCCUCCCACACUGUGAAGGAUGUGAACGAGGCUGUGCAACUCGUCCUGCGCAAGGAGGGCUGGGCUGUGUAGUGAGGGUGGCGUGUUGGGCGUGGGGGCUGCAGGUGGUCCUGACUCCUGGGCGUCUGAUCCGGCCUGCUUCCUGCCCUCUGUCCCACAAGCGAGGUCUCAGUGGGCACUUGAAGAAGACGACGGCUUUCUCCUGCUGGGCGGCAGCCACAGAAGUGAGCCCGGGGCCUCUCGUGUGGCCCCUCGGCCCCUCUGGGCCCGUGUCCCCGCAGGCUGACCUCAGGCCAGUCCAUGGAUGUCGGUGCCUCAGUUGCCUCUUCCUUUCAGUAGGGGCUUUUGAAGAAAGGGAGGCAGCGUGGGGUGGCAUGGACGGCUCUGCAGCGCCUCUGCCCUCCUCGACAGCCGCUGCGUGGCAGCACAGUGUGCUGCUCGCCCUCGCGCCGCUCUCCACUCUGUCGGUUCAGUGCCCACGGACUCUGAGCUGACUUUUGAAUUAAAACAAUCACAGUGAGUA